UAGUCCCGAAGAUAUUCAUACGCAUCCUUUUACACGUUAUCCCGAGCAGGAGAUACCACGUUUUUCUGCUCUCACAAAUCUUAGGAAGCAUGGCUGCCGCAGCGAGACCAUUGAUAUCAGUGUAUAGUGAUAAGGGGGAUGCAUCUGGAACAAAUGUCACCCUUCCAGCUGUCUUCAGAGCACCAAUCAGACCAGACAUUGUUACCUUUGUACACGCACAAAUGAGAUUCAACUCCAGACAGCCUUAUGCUGUUAGUGAGAAAGCUGGUCACCAGACUUCAGCUGAAUCUUGGGGAACUGGUAGAGCUGUAGCUCGUAUUCCCAGGGUCAGAGGAGGUGGUACUCACAGAUCUGGUCAGGGAGCUUUUGGAAACAUGUGCCGUGGAGGUCGUAUGUUUGCACCAACAAAAACAUGGAGAAGAUGGCAUCGUAAAAUAAACAUUAACCAGAAAAGAUAUGCUAUUUGCUCAGCCAUUGCUGCUACUGGAGUACCUGCUCUUGUUAUGUCAAAAGGACACAAAAUUGAAGAGAUUCCAGAGGUCCCAUUGGUGAUCAGUGACAAAGUGGAAGAAUACAAGAAAACUAAAGAGGCUGUUGCACUACUUAAAAAAGUUAAAGCCUGGAAUGAUAUACAGAAGGUCUUAAAUUCCAAAAGAUUCCGAGCUGGUAAAGGUAAAAUGAGGAACAGAAGAAGAAUAAUGAAAAGAGGACCAUUAAUAAUUUAUAAUAAAGACAAUGGAAUAUCCAGAGCUUUUAGAAAUAUACCAGGAAUAACACUGAUAAAUGUUCAAGCAUUAAACCUUUUAAAAAUAGCCCCUGGUGGUCAUGUUGGUAGAUUCUGUAUUUGGACUGAAUCCGCAUUUUCAAGAUUAGAUAAAUUGUAUGGUACAUGGAGAAAAGUUUCACAAGAAAAAUCAGGUUACAAUUUACCAAUGCAUAAAAUGACAACAACAGAUUUAUCAAGAUUAUUGAAGAGUGACGAAAUACAGGCAGCAAUUAGGGCGCCAAGACGUACUGAAAAUAGAAGAAGAGUAUUAAAGAAAAAUCCAUUGAAGAACCAACGUGUAAUGAUUCGUCUUAAUCCAUAUGCUAAAGUUAUGAAUAAAGCUGCAAAAGAUAUAGAAAGAAAGAGGAGAGACAAAAGACUUGGUGUAGUUAAUGAGAAGCGAGGAAAAGCAGUAGAAAAGAAGAUUAAAGAUCCAUCCAAGACUAAAAAGAAGCCAGUAAAAGGAAAGCCUGCAGCUAAAGGAAAGGCCAAAAAAUAGACCUAAAGUGACAUUUUACAGGCUAUAAUAGUGCUACUGAUAAAAUAAAUUCAGUCUCUGAUCACAA